GAAUGGCGGUUGCUGCGUGCAGUUCGCUCAGCGCAUGUCCGGCUAAGACGCAUCCGCGAAAAACCAAAGACACGCGGAAGAGACGCGCGGCUCUGUUGUUUCUGACUAACAUUUCCCUGGACGGCCGGCCGGUGAUUCACGUAAACAAUGCGGCUGAGUUUGACGGCACGGAGGUCGGUUCAGCGGGGAACGAACUGUCGCCGGCGGUCGGGAGCUACAGCACCUUUUCUAACCUGUCUGCCGCGAGCGCACUCCUGAGUGUACCUCCUAUUCUCGUGCUGCCCUCAGACUCGGAGUACGAGAACGUUGAGAGCACGGAGACAUUCCCGGGGACUUUUUCCUCCUCACAGGGGAACCUGCUGUCCCCCUGCAGCCUUCAGCCAAGUCCAGUCGUAGCGCGGAAGUCCCCGACCCUGCUGUCCGUCCAGAGCUGCGCUUCAUCUCUGGAUUCUCGGCAGAGAUCACGCAACCUGUCAGGUUCUCAUUGGCCCCGAUCCUUGAAGAAAGUUCACUUCGUUAAGAACAUGAGACAGUACGACACCAGAGGCAGCAGGAUCGUGCUUAUCUGUGCCAAGAGAUCACUGUGUGCUGCAUUUUCUGUGCUGCCUUAUGGAGAGAGCUUUUACAUAAGUGACCCAGCCCUGAGCACCCCCAGGCGGAGGCACUCGUCUGGGGGGAUUUCCACCACACUAGAGAUGCUCCCUGGACUGGAAGGGGUGGAGCUUGGCAUUUAUGGCAGGACUGUGUCUUAUGCCCAGUUUCUGUACCCCACCAAUGCUCUGGUUCGUGAGAAGCCACCAGAAAUCGCUUUGCAGAUGCCGUGCUCCAGAAACAGCAUCCAAUGCACCAGCUACCCUCCAUCCCGCCUCAACAGCACUGUAGGCUUCGACUUGGGUGUUGAUGACAUUGAUUAUGACCCCAACCUGCUAAGUGACCCGCAGUGGCCUUGUGGGAAGCACAAGAGAGUCCUGAUCUUUGCCUCCUAUAUGACUACAGUAAUAGAGUAUGUGAAGCCGUCAGAUUUGAAAAAAGACAUGAAUGAGACCUUUAAGGAGAAAUUUCCUCACAUCAAGCUAACUCUCAGCAAGAUCCGAAGUCUGAAGCGAGAGAUGCAUGCAGUAGGUGAGGAGUGUGCUCUGCAGCCAGUGACCAUCGCCAUGGCAUUUGCGUACUUCGAGAAACUCGUCCUUCAGGGCCGCCUCAACAAGCACAACAGGAAGCUGGUGGCCGCCGCUUGCCUCCUGCUGGCCGCCAAAAUCAGCAGUGACUUCAAGAAACAAGAAGUCAAACAGCUGAUUGAUAAGCUGGAGGAGAGGUUCCGUCUUAGCCGGCGCGAGCUGAUCGCCUUCGAAUUCACCAUCCUGGUGGCUCUAGAGAUGGCCCUCUACCUUCCUGACAGCAAGGUCAUGCCACACUACCGCAAACUGACCCAGAGCCCCUGCUGAACGGCUUGUGGUCAUCAAUACUGGUCCAUAUGAGAGGAGGGGAAAUAAAAGGUUGCCAGUGGCCCAUGUUAAAGUUUAGCACUGGUCAGUGCUGAUGCACGUCUACACUAAGCUCUGGGGGAAGAGGAAGAGGAUCUAUUUACACGCUUCAGGCUAGUACGGAGUCUGUGUGUUUUAUAGUUAGUAUUUAACUCCUGUUUUGGUUUUUACUUCUAAUCUCACAUAGCACUAAUGCGGGGAAGAUUAUAUGGCAGUAAUGUUAGAUGAAGAGAAGGUUUUAUCAACUCUAAACACUCAAUUAACAAGGGAAGUCUUUUCCCAGAUCCCAUGUCUGUCUUCCAUAUCAGUUUGCCAAAAAUGACUUUUUAUUUUUUAUCUUUAAUUAAUCAGAACUCUCCUUUGUCACUGCACAUUGUAUGAACUUACAGUCUCUACAGAGGAUUACAUUCAGACGUUUCCCACAGUAUAGAAAGGUUUUAUUCAUCUGUAUUUUAUGCAAUAUAUGCAUUCUUGAACACAGUUUAUAUUCUUGGUAUCACACGCCUGUAGCAGUAGUAUGUGAUCAGACUCAGUGUGGAGUAUUUGGUCUUGUUAUGGGUUCUGUAAGAGAUUUUAAGGCUCUGGUUGAAAAAAGUGCUCUAUAUUAGAGCUGAUUUGAACUAAAGCACAUUUACUGUGCUUCUGUGUUCUAUUAUUUUCUACUUUUAAACUUUCCGUUAAAAUAUAGCGUGUGGCC